CUCUUUUCCAGAAUCUUGUUAAAGAAAAUGGCCGGUCUUUGGAGAAUCGUUCUUUUAGCAACAAUUACCUUGAUGUGUGUGACAUCACAAUGGGUUAUCUAUGUCCAGGCUGAAGAAGCUUCUAGCAGUGACGAAUUGGUGAACAGUGCGAAUGAAGCCGACCCUGAAAUGGAUAGUGAAGAUGAUCUGAAACGAGCAAACACAUUUCUUCGAAUAGGUAAAGCAAACGGAAUUUUACGUUUAGCUCGAAGCCCUAGUUCUUUCCUGAGAAUUGGACGUCGCCCCCCAUUGCACUUUGUUAGAAUCGGUAAAGCCCCAUCAAGCAUGUUUCUAAGAAUUGGCAAAAGAGUGGAUGAUAGCGAAAAUGAUGAUCUAAACGAAUACGAUGCAGAUAAAAUGUCAGGGCGUGAUACUAGAGCCAGUCCAUCUUCGUUUCUUAGAAUUGGAAAAUCAGGAAAUGAAGUAGAAGAUGAAAUUGAUGACACGGAUGAAACUGUUAAACGUGUUAACGCAUUUCUACGCAUUGGUCGACAAAAUGAUCCAUCUUCAUUCCUGAGAAUUGGUAAAAGUUUGAAUAAUGACGAUCUCUCUAAGGACAAACGCACCAACGCUUUCCUCAGAAUCGGAAAAAUACCCGCCUCAUCUUUCAUUCGCUUAGGUCGUGGACCUUUCACAGAAGAUAAUGGCAUCAACACUCGUGGAUUUCGCGGUCCGACACGGGGCUUUUUAAGGAUUGGCAAACGCGCAGCGAUCCCCGAUGGAAGCCAUGCCGAUUAUUUCAGUGAUCUAAACGUCAAAUCUCAAUGAGUCUACAACUAUGAAUGAAAAGAAACCGGUUAAAGGGAACAAUUUAGAAUUAAAAGAAAAGAUUACCAUUUGGAAAUGAUUCUGAAACGAAUAAGGACUAUCACCGACGCAAUGAAACAAGAAACCAAAAAAUACAACACAAUACUUUAAGAAUUCCACAAAUAUACAGAAAUAUUUCUUCUGAGACAGCUUUAAAUACAGGACACAGAAAAUAUUUUUGUUCUAUAUAUAUAUAUAUAUGAAUUAGGAAAAUAUCAUAUAUAUAUGUAUAUAUAUAUAUAUAUAUAUAUAUAUAUAUAUAUAUAUAUGUUCUAUUUUGAGAGGGUCAUCUUGAUCCUCACACGAUGCAUCUAUUUCAACACACGUUUUCACAUCAGAGUGUUGCAAAACAAAUACUGAAUUAAAAUAUAUGUGUGUAUGUGUGUGCACGUGUGUGUGUGUGUGUGUGUGUGUGUAUUUGCGUGCAUCCGUUUGUAUGUUUGAGUGAGAGUAUGCAUAAUUUGUGUAUAUUUGUAUGCUCGAGAGCAUAGAUAUAUGUCAAAGGAGCGUAAAUGCAAAAUACCGUGUCUGUACUAGUAAAUAAAGGGCAUUAAUAUGUGAAGUUCAGACAAAUAUAUCAUCGUAAAGACAGUGUCUUUUCUUGAAAUCCACUCCACUCUCCAAACCUGCAACAUAUCUUACAACAUUCACACACAUGCAUAAAUGCAUACACAGUUAUAAAUGUAAAUAAACAUAUGAAUAUAUACACAUAUAAAAGCAAGCAUAUAUACAAGUAUAUAUUCCAGUAUAUGCACGUAUAUGUGUAGGCAAAUUUUUAGAUUUGGUUUGUGUGAAUGUAUGUAAUACAUCAGUAGUCUCUGCGUGUGCGUAUAUAAGGUGCGUAUAUCUGUGUUUGUCUGUCUGUAUGUAUGUGUGUAUGUAUGUAUGUGCGUGUGUGUGUGCAUGCGUGCGUGUGUGUGUGUGUGUGUGUGUGUGUGUGUGUGUGUGUUUCUUUGUCUCUAAGUAUGUAACAGUAGUAAGGAUGUACAUGAAAUGGAAGAGAAAGAAACAAAUCUAAAUUAUAUCAAAUUAUGUAAAUGAGAAAAGAGAAAUAGAGAAAGAGCGUAAGGUUGAGAGGUAAUAUUUCCUAAAGUGGAUGGUCUGAACUUCAUAUUUUGGUGACCAAUAUUAACGACACGCCCCCAAAUUCGAACGAGUAAUAUUCGGAGGAUAUUUCUCCUUGUCGGAGAAGUGGACAAUUGCCGGUAUUUUGCUGUAAAUUUCUUACAUGAUGUAAAUUUUUUUUCUUCAUAAAAAUAACAACCAUUCCCCAGAGAAAAUAUAAAAUAAACUAAAAUAAACCCUCAGAUAUCUUAUCUGAAAUGAUGUUGAUAUUUGUGUUGAAAACGUAAAAAUGAUAAUAAAAAUUGAUCAUGAUAUAAAAUAA